CCCUGUCCACCCUGUCCUGCUGCCAGCAGCACUCGGAGGAGGUGUGUGAGAGCUGCGUGGUGAAAACCACCCUGACGGCCGAGAACCUCGUGGAGGCCACCAAGCUCUCCAACAACUACAAGUUUGGCUUCAAGAAGUGGAAGAGUCAUGUAACAGAGAGGCCUUGGGAGGACAGGUCAGAGAUCGUCAAGGAGCUCUAUUCUGACCUCAAUGUUGUCCGGGGCUCUGCAGGGUCCACAGUGACGUGUGGGAACAUCCUCUACCUGCUGCUCUUUGGCUGGUGGCUCUCCCUCCUCUAUGUCCUCGUGGCUGCUGUGAUGUUCCUCACCGUCUUGGGAGCUCCUUAUGGGCGACUCUGCUGGGACCUCGCUGGGUAUUUCCUCUGGCCCUUUGGCAAAGUGAUCCAGAAAGUGGAGCACUGUGCCAGCACUGUGCUGUGGCUGUCCCUGGGCUACCCUGUGCUGCUGGUGGCCCAUGGGCUGGUGUGUGUCACCUCGUGGCUCCUCAUCGUCCUCAUCCCCGUGGCCAAGCUGAGUGCCCGUGCCACCCACCGUGUCCUGCUGCUGCCCCCGCGGCAGCUCCUCGUCCGGCGCCUCAGGAUGACGGAGGUGCCACUGGAGGGGGAGGUGAUCCUCUGCUGCUACCGUGCUGCCAACCCCUACUACUACAAGUACGCCGUGGAUGGGAUCAACGUCUUCGCUGUCAACCUGCUGCCACUGGUGCUGGUGACUCUGGUGCUGGGGUAUGUGGACAGCCACAACCACCUGACUGGCUCUGCUGUCAAGUUCACCUUGGCCUUGCUCUCCAUCAUGCCUCUCUCCUACUACAUUGGGAUGGCCAUCGCCAGCAUUUCAGCCCAGAGCACCUUUGCAGUGGGAGCAGUGGUGAAUGCCACAUUUGGCUCCAUCACAGAACUCACCUUCUACAUCACUGCCCUCAUCAAGGGCUCACGGGAGGGCAACAAGUGCUACGCUGAGAUCGUCAAGUCAGCGCUGACAGGGACACUGGUGGGAUGUGUCCUCUUCGUCCCGGGGCUGUGCAUGGUCAUUGGAGGCAUCAGGCACCAGGAGCAGAGGUUCAACAGCCGCUCAGCAGGUGUCAGCUCAGCCCUGCUCUUCCUCUCCGUGGGAGGUGUCUUUGCCCCAACACUCUUCUCCAAGGUGUAUGGGAAGUUGGUCUGUGGUGAGUGCCAAAAUGUCACCCAGAACCCUCUGGGCCACUACCUCUGCCACAACUGUCACUUUGACCUGAUGGACAACAAUGGCACCCUCUACUACAGCCACGUCCAGCCCCUAGUGUACACAGUGUCACUCCUGCUCCCUGCUGCCUACCUCAUUGGCCUCUUCUUCACCCUGAAGACUCACUCGCACAUCUAUGACAUCCAUAUCAGCGACUGUCACAUGCCAGGCCACCACCACAGUGCUGUGGUGCACUGGUCUCGCUGGAGGGCCCUGGUCAUCCUCCUGCUCUCCACCCUCUGCAUGUCAGCCUGUGCUGACCUGGCCACAGAGCACAUCAGCCCCAUCCUCACCAACUCCACCAUCUCACAGUACUUCAUUGGUGUCACUGUCCUGGCCAUGGUCCCUGAGCUGCCAGAGAUUGUCAAUGGUAUCCAGUUUGCUCUGCAGAACAACUUGAGCUUGAGCAUCGAGAUUGGGAACUGCAUUGCUGUGCAGGUCUGCAUGCUCCAGAUCCCCAUCCUGGUGCUCUUCACCAUCUUCUACCCAACCAACUUCACCCUUGUCUUCAGCGACCUCCAUGUCUACGCCAGCAUGUUCAGUGUGGUGCUCAUGAACUACAUCUUCAUGGAUGGCAAAUGUGACUACUUCCAAGGCACAGUGUUGGUGAUGGUCUACUUCAUCCUCCUGGCUGUGUACUUCUUUGCCCCUUCGCCCAGUGGCUGCUGA